CCCCUGCCAUGGAAGAAUCACCCGUGGUAGAUUGUCCUCCAACACCGGAAAUACUCCCACUGUCAAGCACACCACCACCACCGUCACGUCCCUCCGUAGUGUACAGUUCGUCUUCGGAGGAAGGUGAUGAACCCACCGACGGACGUCGUUCGCCGCCACCGAAAUGUGCAAUCUGUCUGGGGAAAUGUCGCCAGCGGGCCUAUGCCAACUCCUGCAAGCAUCAGUUCUGCUUCCGGUGUCUACUGGAAUGGAGCAAGGUCAAACCAGAAUGUCCCCUGUGCAAACAACGCUUCUUCUCGAUCGUUUACUACAAAUCGAUGGAUUGUUUCGAGCAACACACGGUCCCGGUACCGAGCGCAAACGUGCCCCGUCUCAGCACCCGAAACAUGUACCACGAGCUGAACUUGUUUCUAACCAACUCGCAACGCUUCACGGCGUACGCAAUACCAAAUAUGACGCUGCGUCUGCAGUCGAACAACGAACGAAUGCAGGAGCUGCUGCUACAUCAAUCGAGCGAGGUGGACCGUUUUAUACGCGAGUACGGCAAUCGUCCGAUCCCGACGCGACAGGACGAGAUCCGGUGGAGACAGUUCAUCUACGCGAACAGACUGUACGCGUGUCCACUGCCCGAUCUGAACGGACGCUUUCGGGAGACGUCUGCUUCAUUUUACAGAAAUAAUCCAGCCCAGAUGCAUCGCGUCCUGUCGUGGAUGCACCGGGAUCUACUCGUACUGAGUGUUAAUGUUGUAAACCACAUCCCACACGUUGGCGCGCUGCAAGAGUUGAUUCAAAUGCACGAUAUUGAUUCACGAGAAUUUUUGAACCGCAUCCUACAACUGUUGCCAAUGGAAAAUGGAGAUCACUUUCAGCAUGAAUGUAUCAACUUUGCCCGCUCUCCGUACGACAUCAUUGGGUACGAUCGUUGCGUUCAAUACAAUCCACGAUUCGUCCAGCGUAAUCGGGUGCGUAGUCAGGUAAUUAUAUCAUCCUCGGAAGAAGAUAACGAUGAUAUCGUGUACUUGCCCAAUCCGGCACCGAGUACAUCGAACGAGACAACGAAUACCAGUGGUAGAGCAGCUGCAUUUGGGGAAGGAGUUAGCAAUGGUAGCGGCAGUGCAACGGGAACAAGCCGCGGUUCUAUUGUCGUACGUAGCGAGAUCAUUAGCGAAUUCCCCCUGCUAGAAGAAAUUGCUGCCAGCGAUGAUGUUCGUCCCGUUUCUGCAUCCUCCACACUGCCACGCGUCCCGCUAACGUCAAUCGCUGCCACAAGCGCUGUCCCGACUGAAAAUAUUUUACUUUCGUCAAGCGAUUCCGACGACUGUCAGUUUGUGAUGGCACAGAAACCGCCCCACCUGCGGACACCCGACCACGUGGUAGAUCUGGAAUCGGCCAGCGAUAGUGAUGUGGUGUUUGUCGCGGAAGAACCACUCGAUGCGAAAGCAACGGCCCGAAUACCGCGACAACAGCAGCAGCAAGAUAAUUCACUGAAGAAAGAGACGGCCGGAGCACAAGAGUACAAUAAUGGUGCCUCGACUAGUUCGGGCUACUGCGGUGCUGGUGGUAAUGGAAAUGGCGGAGGAGGAAGCAGCGAGAGUGUUGCGGGCGGCGGAAGCGCAUUACGAUCAAAGUAUUACGCACGGCCUCGAUUAACGCGCUACACGGGCGGUAUAGGGGUCAAGAGUAUCUACGAGGCAACCGAAUCGGACGAUACGGAUUGUGACACGCUAUUUAACUUACCGCAAGGUCGGCGCCCAAUGUCCAACACUGCCAACGAUUCGUCCUCGCACAAUGAGGUAGAUUUUGAAUCGGGACCUCAACGAAAGCGAAGAAAACCCUGCAAAAAGGCCACUCAGCAGCAGCAGCAUCAGCAGAAGGUUUCAAAGCGAGCCUCACGAAAGCGGCGCAACAGCAGCGCCAGUAGCUCCAGCAGUCACGAAGAAGAUAUCAACAGCACCACCAGCAGGAGCAGCACCAGCAGUAGUAGUAGCAGUGAUGAUGAUAGUGAUAGCAGCUCUAGCACAUCAAGUUUCUCCAGCAGCAGUGACAGCACUACUAGCAGCAGCUCGAGCAGUUACAUCUACGGCGGAAGCAAAAGCUAUCACAAAAACAUUACGGUGGAAAUUGAAUGCGGACGGCAGCUAAGGCAUAACACGGCCCAGCAAAGCAGGGCGAGCUACACCGCACGCUGCAAAAUGGACCAAACGGACUCUAAGGGACGCUCGAAAAAGAAGCGUAGCCGAAAAAUGGUUGAUAAUGAAUGGAAAAAUGGCAAGGAAAAACUGUCGACAUCCGGUUCGAAAUUGACAGUGCGACGCACCAAGUCGAAAAAGAAGUCUCAAUCGACGUCCCGAACGGCAAAGAACACCAUGAAAGCAUCCCGCUCAAAGUCGAAAUCGAAAUCGUCAUCGCGUGGUACUGCAGGCAGAAGCAAUAAAGGUAAAAAGCGCACCAAACCAUCCACGGAUGAGGGUGAGGAUGAACCGUCCCGAUUGACUCCGCAGCUAGCCGAUGAAGACGCGUCCACGAUGGCACAUUACGUGAUAGCAUCGAGAUCCUCGGUAUCCCCGACGCUUGAUGUAACGACGGUCGAUGGAACGGAUGGUGGUCGAGAGCGCAAGCUGAAAAGUGUUAUCAUCAAACGUUGCCAUUACAACAAAGCGUCCUCGAACCGGGCGAAUGAAGCGAUAGGUGAUGAUGGUAUGGAAGCGAUGGCAUCUGGUUCGGUUGUAAUAAGUAGGAAAGUACCAAUCGCUUCCACUGGCGGAACGGAACGACAAACGAUUGAAUCAUCUGCAGGACACACGGACUUGUUGAAAUGUAUUUUGUCAUCUGCGAGUAGUUCUUCGGGUGAAUCGGAAUCGGAACCGUCCAUCACUCCUCUGGCACAAACCCAUCGAAGCGAGGCUUACCAAACGCACAACCAGCAGCAAGAUUGGACACCAGCCGAAACGUUUAUUCAGCAGGAUCAGCUUCAACUACCAAACAUCAACACCGAUCAACAGCAGCUCGAGGCGGACGAAAGCACUACCACCGGUGCAUCGGAAUCGUUGUUCGAACCAACGAUGAGCUGGACCGAAGAGACGGUUCCCGAGCGGUCACUGCUACCGGAAGAUCGGGCUCUGUCGUCAGCGGCCGCUUCACCAUUCUCGUCGAUAUCAUUCCCACCGUCCACUACGUCCGUUUCGCCGUCCCCGUCGAUGUCGUCGCAAUCGUUAGCAUUAGCGGCUGUCCCCUCACCGUUGCAGCUGAUCGAAAGCUUAGGCGGUGGUACAAUGGAUAGUAGCGAUUCACCGUUACCCUCGUCUGUGCUUGGCGGUGGUAUGGAUGCUAUCGAUGGAACUAUAGAUGAAAUUAUGGCAUCGGAAGUUGUUAACGCAACGGCCACGAUCUCGGAUGCUCCUACGGUCGGGAUGAAUGGUGGUGGUGAGGAGGAAGUAGAACAAGGUACGGUCGCGGUUCUCUGUGAAACUGUACCAGUCGCGAGCGAUGGAGUGCCACCGGUACAGUUGCAACUGUGAGAUUUACUGCGGGCUAUCGAUUUUAUCGAUUGAUUG